GAGUUUUUCAGAAGCUUUUACAGCGUACUAUUUCCUACAGAGUCGUCUCCUUUACGACGACUGUAAAGCAUCCCGAUAGAAGACAGCCAGCUAGCUGCCUUGUCAGAUACGUGGCUUCAGCUCCCCCUGCUAGCACUUACGUAACCUUCAUCCAAGUGAAGCGUUUCAGCUCAAGAUGGCUCCUAAUUUCUUUCUCCUAGACGGCCAGCUCGGUGUUGCAUCCGUCUUAGCCCUUCUUCUUCCCCUGUUCCUUACUUACGUCCUGCUGCUGAGAAGAUGGAAGCACAAGGGUUCAGUUCAGCGGCGUCCUCCGGGGCCGUGGCAGCUCCCGAUCAUCGGCAACCUGCACCAAUUGGGUGCCCUUCCUCAUCGCUCCCUCCACCUCCUAUCUCAGAAACACGGCCCCCUCAUGUUCCUGAAGCUCGGCCAGCUCCCCACCUACGUCGUUUCGUCGGCGACGGUGGCGAGAGAGAUCUUGAAGACCCAUGAUCCCGUAUUCGCCAGCAGGCCACGGCUUGCUGCCUUUGGUGUUUUUGGCUUUGGAUUCUCGGACGUUACCUUUCAACCAUAUACUGAGGCGUGGCGCCACUCGAGGAGGCUAUUCGUCGGGAACUUCUCGGGCCCGAAGAAAGCACAGUCAUUCCAGUCCGUGAGAGAUGAGGAAGUAGGCCUUCUGGUUGACGCCAUCUCUCGUUCCACUGGCCCUGUUAAUCUGAGCCACUUGGUUCAUUCUCUUAAUAAUAACAUAAUCUGUAGGAUUGCUCUUGGGAAGAAAUUUAAUGAGUAUGGGCAGAAGGGCAGGUUUUAUGACACUUUCAAAGCGGCCAGGGAAUUGCUUGGAGGGUUUAGCCUGGGUGAUGUCUUCCCAUCCAUCAAGUGGGUGGAUUGGCUCACUGGGCGGCAGCUCAAGCUCAGAAAGAGCUUCCAUGGAUUGGAUAGUUUUCUUGAUGAAGCGCUCGGAGUUCACACUGAUCCACAGAGGCGGUCCGAAGAAAAAGACUUCGUUGAUGUGUUGCUUGAAGCUCAAAAGGAUGAAGGCCAGGAGAUCCCUCUUACCACAAACCGCAUCAAAGGAUUACUCUUUAACGUAGUCCUCGGUGGAUCUGAUACAUCAUCCGCUCCCGUGGUGUGGGCAAUGGCUGAGCUGAUGAGGAGACCUCAGGUGAUGAAGCGAGUUCAAGAUGAACUGCGACAUAAGAUCAAAGGAAAAGACAAGGUGGAAGGGAGUGACCUUGAGCAGCUUGAGCUUCUUAAGUUAGUGGUGAAGGAGACGCUAAGGCUGCAUCCAUCACUACCAAUGUUGGUUCCUCGAAUCUCUAUGGGAGAGUGUAGUAUCGAUGGCUAUACCAUCCCAGACAAAGCAGUCGUCAUUGUAAAUGCAUGGACAAUAGGGAGAGACCCCAAUUCAUGGGAGAACCCUGGAGAGUUUCAGCCUGAGAGAUUCAUGAACAGUUCGAUUGACUACAAGGGCCAAGACUUCGAGUUUAUACCGUUCAGCUCAGGAAGAAGGAUGUGUCCUGGUCUCUAUAUGGCACUGGCAGUUAUUGAGCUCGCACUGGCUAAUCUGCUGUAUUGCUUCGAUUGGAGUUUCCCGAGUGGGCUAAGUGCUAAUGACAUGGACAUGAGCGAGUCUCCUGGUAUAAUUGUGCAUAAGAAAUGUGAGUUGGUUCUCAUUGCGCAUCCCUACGCAGCAUCCAAAUGAAUCAAAUUGUGUUUCUCCUUGUUGCCCCAGCCUUUUGCAUGCCGGCACUUUGAAGAAGACGGUGAAAUGAACCAAGAUUGCUGUCAGAAGCCUCCUAAUCGGCAAAGCCAUCGGAUAAGGGGAUCUUGCUCAGGUUAUGUUAUUAAUAUAUUUACGAACCAUGUGACGAUGUUUUGAAAGAGAAAGUUGCAAUCUUCUGUUUGUUUUAUUGGAUGUACUGUGUAAUGGAAGUGAAUUGCAAAUCUAAGCACGGCAUUAAUGAUGGAUGGUGCUAAUUGCAAUCUUUUGUUUCUUCCAUGGAUGUGCUGUGGAGUAGAAGUGUAUGAAAAUCUAAGCACC